ACGUUACAGCCCACUUGAACCCAGUCCAGGGCAUGGAUAUGACGACAGUUUGGCUCAUGUUUUACUGAAGCUGUUAAACAUCGGUUGUAUAAAAGCUGGCAGUGUACCUAAGAGGCCAACUGAACAAAAGCGUGUGUUACCAAGGUUAACUGACUGGAAACAAUAGCAUAAAGAAAUGCAGUCUGUGGUGAAACAAAAUUUUCACUCCGAGACUGAAGGAGAUCUCAACAAACUCAUCAACCUCAAGCUCACUGCAUCCUACACCUACCUGUCUCUGGGGAUGUAUUUUGACAGGGAUGAUGUCUCCUUGCCAAAGUUCUCCAGUUUUUUCCUGGAGCAGUCAGAGAAAGAGAGGGAACAAGCUGAGAAGCUGCUGGAAUAUCAAAACAUGAGAGGUGGCCGAAUUCUGCUCCAGACCAUUGCUAAGCCAAGCAGGGAGGAUUGGAGAGGUGGUCUGGAUGCGAUGUCCUUUUCUUUGGACUACCAGAAGUCACUGAACGCAUGUGUUCUUGACAUUCACCGCAGAGCUGGCACCCACGGUGAUGCUCAUCUGUGUGACUUCCUUGAGCAACACUUCAUACCCAACAGCCACGAUGUCAUCAAGAGGCUAGGUGAUUACAUUGGCAGUCUGACCCGCAUCACUGCAUCUGCCGAGCACGGUGGCAUGGGAGAAUACCUCUUUGAUAAACACACUCUGUGAAGAUCCUGCCGUUACUGUGACACAUGCUCCGUAUUCAUUUUUAAUAGAGUCAAAGAGGGCAACAGUCCCUCACACCGCAACUUAUUCUGUUUAAAAACACAAGGUAUCAUGUUACUCCAAAAGGUGUUGCAAAACAACAAACAAAAAUACCUCAAUUUUAUAUACCAUAGUGGGAAGACAUGUUCUCACAACUAUGGUGCUAAUAACUACAAUUUUCCUAAGCUGUCAAACUGAGUCACACUUAUUUAGACUCAGUUACAUCAUGUGUCAUACAUUCCAUUGCCUCCGUUAGCUUUUUCUUCCACAUCAACGUUGUAAACCUACAUAAUGUUUUGGAUCAGUGUGUCUUAAAAAGUCUUGGAAAAGACUGUUGAAAGAUUUGGAAUAUGAUGAAAAUUUUCAAUAAAGUCAGAUUAAGCUGA